AUGAGAAUCCUUGCUCUCCACGGUCUGGGCUCGUCAUCCUCGCUCCUGAAGGAGCAACUGACACCCUUCAGCAAGGCAUUGGGCAGAGAGUACCGGUUUAUAUUUCUAGAUGGAGGAAUACCCUGUGAAAGAGGCCCAGUUGAGAUGCGUCAGGCUCUCAACUACUUGGAUAAUUUUAUAAGAGAACACGGCCCUUUCGACGGCGUGUUUGGAUUUAGUCUGGGCGCCGCCCUCGCGAUAACAUAUAUGCUGGAUCAGCAAAAUAAGCAGGCUUCUUCGCCAUUCUGCUUUGCUGUCAUGUCCUCGUCUAUAUUUGUUGUCUCGCCUGAUGAUAGCUUUUGCGAGCAGCUUCUGCGUCGAUGGCUGGCAGACGACCAUGCAGCGUUUCGGUCCAAGUUCCCCAACGGUGACUUUAUGACAGAGCUGGAAGAUCCAUCCGAGCAGAAGCUUGCCCAGUAUCUGCAGCAAGUCUUAUCUAUGCAGUCAAUGGGGGUUGGGCUAAUUUUGCCAAACACGAAUGUCGAUUUCCUAGGCACCAAAAAGACGGAGGAAGUCCCACGCUUGGUCCAUCCGGAUUUGCUUAACGCCCGGAUCAAGAUACCAACAGUCCACGUCACCGGCCGUCACGAUGGUGGCCAUGAUGUACCUUUUAAGAUAUCCGACGUGAACGCCAUCGUUUCUUUAAUCAAGGAGAUGGCCGAGGAAGGUACUCAGAUACGGGAUUUGUACGAUGAUUAA